AUGGGUUUCGCAUUUUUUGAUCUCGUCUGCGGACAGCAGAUUGGCGAGAACAAUGACACAACAGGUGGAAGCGCCUUUGAAAAAUCUUGUGACUACCUCCAACACAUCUACACCGAAAAACCUGGUGCUUGUCCAAAAAUCAAAAACCAAUCCAAUUAUGAAUGUACUGCGCUCUGUCAUCUAGAUGGAGAUUGUCCUGAAACCGAAAAGUGCUGUUCCUAUGGCUGCAGCAGUCAGUGUGUCUUGCCGAAAGGAAGAGAUCCGCGAUUGUUGCCAAUACCAGGCUCCAUCUCUGUCCAAGAACGGAAGAGGAAACGCUCAAUUAUCAUAAGCUGGGUGAUGCAAAAGCUCACUCUGGGACAGAAUGCUGCCAAUUCAAACCUUUAUGUGGUGCAGUGGCGGUGGGUCUACACUCUGAAGGCGAAAGUAUGA